AGCUCCUUUCAAAAAUCUGAUCAGCACAAGAACAAAAAGCUCAUUACACCAAUUUCUACCAAAAGCAUAAAAUAUACUAUACCCAGAGAGAGAGAGAGAGAGAGAGAGAGAGAGAGAGAAUCUUCCAGUUUUCUCUCGUUUGGUUUAGCAAUGUGCUUGUUGGAAUUCUAAUCCUAAGCCCAUUCCGGACCUCAAAGGAAAGGAAAGGAAAGGAAAGGAAACCCACAGAAACAAACAAGGGAUUGCUGAUUCCUACGUUUGUUUAUGCCUGUGGGAGUUCUUUUCCUUUGCAGAGGAUGGUCCAGAGAAAGGUUCAUAGCAGCAAGCUUGGAAUCAAAGCUGAUCAUCGGAUAAAACCCGACCCAGGCUCAUCAAAGAGCAAAACCAUCAUCACCCCAUCUUCUCCUCAGUACUACCCAGAUGGAAAAACCAGCAGAGCAUCUGACCUCAAGAAGAAGAUGAAGAGGUCGAGACCGAUCAAGCGGUCUAACAUCGACUCCCUCAGGUCCUUCUCCUUGGGCACGGGAGUUCCACAGCCAGGAAGACCGCCUCCUCUCGGUCUUCAGGUUUCAAACUCCUCAGCAACGACUCCGCAGAAGCAUCCCCAUGUUAGGUCCGGCGAUGGUCUUCCAAAUUACAUGAAGCCCACGAGCAGCUCCGAUGCUCGGAAGGAGCGGUCCUCGGUAAGUCCUCCGAGUACUAGAGUCAGUUCCGAUUCUAAGAGCACCCGAAGGGUGAGCUCGGCAAGUUCAAAAGUGAGCUCUCCUUCGGGGAAUAAUAGUAAAAUCACACCUGUGAGGAAUCUGAAGAGGUCUUCGAGCUCAAGGCUCGUGCGAACUUUGACAAAGACACCGAGCUUCAAACCCGCAAGAUCUUCAUCGGCCAAAAGAUGCUCCACCGUUGUUCUCUGCGGAGACAUGAAUGCCCAGAGAGCUACCUGUUCUUCGACCCUCAAGGACUCGAAAUUCCCCAAGUACCUUAAUCUCAGUCCCGGUGCCACCGAGGCUGAGGGGACUUCUGCCAUGAAGGUCUGUCCAUAUACUUACUGUUCUCUCAACGGUCAUCGCCACUCUCCUCUUCCACCACUCAAGUGCUUUAUCUCUUCAAGGAGGAGGGCGAUGAAGACCCAGAGGAGCCUCAAGGUUGAGGCUCUAAAGACCGAAAUUGAGGAGCCAACCCCUGUUUAUGGGCCAACGAGGAUGGACGCUGAUAAUGGAGGGGACUUCUUCAUAGAAAUUUAUGCUGAAACCGAAGAUAGAGAUACGUGCAGUCAAGAGAGCUUUCAUGAAGAAGAGAAGAAAUCAGAAGUCCAAGAGGAAGUUGAUUUGCCUAUCUCAGUUUUGGAAGAAGCGUUGGCUGUUGAAAGCUUCCUGGGAAAGGAUGGCUCUGAAGUUGAAUUUCCUGAAAGUGUAGAAGAGUUGGGAUCAGAAUCUUUGGAUAUGGAGUGGGACGGUGAUCCUUAUUCGAAUUUUGACCUUGAAGAAGCAGCAGAUGACCCAACAGAAAAUGAGGCAUGUCCCAAAACCCAGAAGCCUGAGCUUUGUCCCGAUUUCCUUCUCAUUGGCUGGAAGAACAUUCCCGAUGAGGAAGCGCAGCAAGAGGAGGAUGAAGCAUGCCCUGAAGCGCAGUUCCCAGAGGAUCAAGUAUCAGAGAUUUCUGAACUGAGCCAAGUCUUAGAUUGCUUCAGUUAUGACCAGUAUUCGUCUCCCGAGGAAGAUGAAUUGGAAGAAGCGACAGCAGAUGCAGAAGAAACCGCAGUGUCUCUUACAGAGGAGCAUAGUGCGGAUCUUGCAGAAAGCAUUGGAAUUGAUCCUGUUCUUCACAAGCCACAAGAGAAUCAAGAUGAUGCUAUCACUGGUUUCAGCUUCAAACCAGAACUCGAAAAUUCCAGUUCUCAGUCCCAAUGUCUUUGUCAGGAGCAAGAAGGCACUGCAGUAGAUGCGGUGAACAAGGAUGUAGCUGAUGAGAGUCCCAAAAGAGAGAGUCAAUAUCUUCUAUCCAAUGAGCAGCAGUCCCAGAUCAGUGAUCUCAACAAGAGCCAAAACUUGGAGAUGUUAGACAUAGUCAGUGACGAGAUGAUGAAGAUACCACUGGCUUCUGAAGAUCCCGUUAUGGAAGUGGACCGGGAGGAGGCAGAAAACCAUACUCAAUCAAGCAUAGCCGAAGAAGCAUUCCUAGAAUCGCGUGAUACUGACAAUCAGAAGAAGAGCAAAUAUACCCGUCCAGAGAGAGAUUCCAAGCAAGAUACUGACCCAUCUAUGAACUGGAUUGGGAAGAACAGAUGCAAAAGGCUGAGUGAGGAGGAGGAGAACUCAAGAAGGUUCAAUCCUCGAGACCCGAACUAUUUGCCUAUAGUUCUUGACCCUGAAGCAGAGAAGGUUGAUCUCAGGCACCAAAUGAUUGAUGAGAGGAGAAACUCUGACGAGUGGAUGAUCGACUAUGUUCUUAGGCAGACAGUUACGAGACUUGCACCUGCUAGGAAAAGAAAAGUGGCUCUGCUCGUGGAGGCUUUCGAGAAAGUGAUUCCAGCUCCCAAGAUGACGCCGAAUUCCAAGUGGGAGACGCACCUUACGAGCCCAAGACCUGUUCAAGCCUGCAGCUGAAAGCUGAGAGUCAGUGAUUUGGGAGUUGUCAAUAUCUCAAUGGAGGAGGAAUAACUACUUCAGCUCUCAAUGCAAGGGUCUCUCCUGAAGUUGAAGAUCUGCAGGUGGUAGUGAUUUCUUCUACAAUGUUUGGGUUGAAAAACUUCGAAGUGAUGGCCUUGUUUGAACAAGACUUGUGUCUUAUAGUUCCUAAUGUUUACCAAUCAGACAAUAUAUGUGUUGAGAGCAGAACUCGUAGUAGUCAUUAAUUAUCCUUCUGGGCUUAUAUGUACCUCUUUGCCGUGGCAUGACUUCUAAGUUCUAGCUUAUAUUUAUCUAA